GCACCUACCACAGAUGGAUGUGCAAGAAUCUAUAAUGAAUUCGUUACUAUACAAAAAACCAAUUUUAGUUAUACCGAUGUUAAAGAUUGUUAUGAAAGUUUUCCAUAUGAUAAAGAUGUCGCAUCUAAGACAAUAGAUACUUUAACUGGUCUGCUCGGUGGAUUUUAUUCAUUUUUGGACAAAGCCAAAGAACCUCCACAACCCGGAUUUGACUUUAUACCAAUGGAUAUAAUAGCUGAAUUAGAACUUUUUAGGAAUAAAUCUUAUACAAGUCUAUAUGAUUUUACUAUCGAUGUUGAACAAUUAUUUUAUGAUUUAAAAGAUGCACAUACGUUAUAUUCUUUAAAUUGCUUCUCAUCAUUUCUUUUUUAUACGAAUAUGACUUUUUAUUCUGUUAUUAACGAUGGAAAGCAGAUAAUUAAAGUUUAUAACGAUACUAUUGACCAAUCUAAUAUUGAUUGUGAAGUAACUAAUAUCGAUGGUCAAGAGGCAUAUCAAGUAAUUUAUGAAUUUGCUAGAGAUUCGGUUUAUGGAUCAAGAGAUCUUGGUGUACGAUUUAAUAUAGCACUUGACAUUGCUUAUAACACGUUAUCCUUUGCCAUCCGAACUGAAAUACCAGAGAAUCCGGACAUCACUUACACUCUUAAAUGCAAUAACACUGAUGAAUUUGAUGUUAAAAGAAACUGGACUGCUUUUAGUAGUAGUAUUGUUUUAAAUAAGUUUAAUGAUUCCAAAACUUAUUUUGAUAAUAUUUGCAAUCCUAUACAAAAAAAACAACAACCAGUAUCUGCUAAACUCAAUUUUCAAGAAAUUACAAAAUUAUUUAAUGGAGCUAAUAAAAUAUUACCAGAACAAGACCAAAGUGUAACUAUAAUCAGAGUUGUUGAUAAAUUUAUUAGCUUUUUUAAACAACAAGAUUUUGGCGUCGUUAAAAUAAUGUCUGAAUCACCCACUCCAAUACCCAAUUCAAUAAGUGAUAAUGUGUUUGUGAAUGUAAUUCAAGGAUUUAAUGAGCUAGCAAAUUCAAGUGUUAAAAAGAUUGUUCUUGAUCUAUCUGAUAACACCGGUGGACUAUAUGCAGUUGUCUUACUUAUUAAUUUACUCUUAUUCCCUAACACAUUUCCUGCCUUUUCCUUUGAUAAUCGACUUUCAGAACAAAUGAAACUUGCAAUUACUGAACAAUUUAGACUUACAAUCCAAGAUAACAUUUUUGAUAUGAAAGUUUAUGUUAAUGCCAAAACACUUGCUAAUUUUACAAGUGCCGAUGAUUUCUUUGGCAAUAAUGUUUAUACACGUGGUGGUAUUAGUGGAAAUUAUUCGAAUAAAUAUGUUUCAGGCAAUGAAACAAUUAAUGAUAUUAGUCAAUUUAUUCAAAAAAAUUUAAUAACACCUCUUCCAUGGAAACCUGAAGAUUACAUUAUUUUAACUAAUGGAUUUUGUGGUUCUGCAUGUUCUCAUUUUACUGAACAUGCAGCAGAAUAUAAUAAUGUUACUACUGUUGCAGUUGGAGGGAUUGCAAGCAAUCCUUUAUUAUCUUAUUCAUCUUUUCCAGGUGGUUUUGUUUAUAAUUCAACUUCUAUACUUGAUUCUUUAGAUAAAUUAGGUUUGUCAAAUAAUACUUUAAUGCCUAAACCUUUUCCAUUGACUGGAAUGGCUCUUACUUUACCUAUAAAUGAGGUAUAUAGUAAAAUAAAUCCUGAUGAAUUAUCGGAAUUUGCAUUUAGACCUGCGGACUUUAGAUUAUUUUACAAUGAAAGUAAUAUUAGAAAUACAUCUUUUUUAUGGUCUCAAGCUGCUGCUUUAAUUGGAACAAAAAGUAUUACUUAA